AUGGCCGUCGCCCACGCGCCGCAGCGCCGCCGGGGCGUGCUCCUCCUCCUGCUCAUCGCCGCGCUCGUGGCGGCGCUGCCGGCUACCUGCGCCGCGGCCAGGAGCAAGAAGUCGUACACGGCCAUCUUCAGCUUCGGGGACUCGCUCUCCGACGCCGGCAACCUCAUCGUCAACGGCACUCCCAAGGCGCUCACCACCGCGCGCCCGCCCUACGGGAUGACCUUCUUCCGCAAGCCCACCGGCCGCUGCUCCAACGGCCGCCUCGUCGUCGACUUCCUCGCCGAGCAUUUCGGGCUGCCACUGCCACCGCCCUCACAGGCCAAGGACAAGGACUUCAAGAAGGGCGCCAACUUCGCCAUCACCGGCGCGACGGCGCUGGAGUACUCCUUCUUCAAGGCGCACGGCAUCGACCAGCGCAUCUGGAACACCGGCUCCAUCAACACCCAGAUCGGCUGGCUCCAGGACAUGAAGCCGUCUCUCUGCAAAUCGGAGCAAGACUGCAAGGAUUACUUCAGCAAGUCCCUGUUUGUGGUCGGGGAGUUUGGGGGCAAUGACUACAAUGCGCCUCUGUUUUCUGGUGUCCGGUUUUCUGAAAUCAAGACUUAUGUGCCCCUUGUUACAAAGGCCAUCGCCAACGGCGUUGAGAAAUUGAUCGAGCUUGGGGCAACAGACUUGUUGGUGCCCGGCGUUCUCCCAAUUGGUUGCUUCCCGGUGUACCUGACGUUGUACAACACCAGCAGCAAAGCAGACUACAACGCCCGCACUGGGUGCCUUCGGAGGUACAACCGCCUCGCCUUCCACCACAACAGGGAGCUGAAGCAGCAGCUUGAUGAGCUUCAGAAGAAGUACCCCAAGACAAAAAUCAUGUAUGGGGAUUACUUCAAGGCUGCAAUGCAGUUUGUCGUCAGCCCUGGAAAAUUUGGUUUCAGCACGGUUUUGCAAGCAUGCUGCGGCGCAGGAGGGCAGGGCAACUACAACUUUAACCUGAAGAAGAAGUGUGGCGAGCAGGGCGCAAGUGUGUGCUCCAACCCGUCGUCGUACGUGAGCUGGGACGGCAUCCACAUGACUGAAGCUGCAUACAGGAAGGUCGCUGAUGGCUGGUUGAAUGGCCCGUAUGCUGAACCCCCAAUUCUCAAGUCAUAA